CUCUGCACCCUGUAAUUUUAUCUAAAAUUCAUACACACUUUGCGUUACUCCUCCUUAAGGAAUCAUAUAUCAUAUAUAUAUGAGCUAGAGGAGUAUGUGGGAGACACACACAAGUCAUAAGAGACAGAGGGGAGAAUUCUGAUCCGUUCCUCAGGAUGGGGAACCUACAAUGGACUUUAGCUCUGCUCAUACUCAUCUGUGGGCUGAUACCAGAUUCUAAGGCUAACACGACAAUCAGCACUCCCACCACAAGUAGGGUUAAUGGCACGAUAAUAACUACUGCACCACCUCCAGGCAACAGCACCGGUGAUGUUAAUGGCACGAUAAUCACUACUGCCCCGCCUCCUGGCAACACCACCGGUGAGGUUAAUGGAACUAUAGUCACUACUGCACCACCUCCUGGCAACACCACCGGUGAGGUUAAUGGCACGAUAGUCACUACUACACCAACUCCUGGCAACACCACCAGUGAGGUUAAUGGCACGAUAGUCACUACUGCACCACCUCCUGGCAACACCACUGGUGAGGUUAAUGGUACAAUAAUCACUACUGCCCCACCUCCUGGCAACACCACCGGUGGCGUUAAUGGCACAAUAAUUACUACUGCACCACCUCCCGGCAACAGCACCGGUGAUGUUAAUGGCACGAUAAUUACUACUGCACCACCUUCUGGCAACACCACCAGUGAGGUUAAUGGCACGAUAGUCACUACUGCUCCACCUCCUGGCAACACCACCAGUGACGUUAAUGGCACGAUAAUCACUACUGCCCCGCCUCCUGGCAACACCACCGGUGAGGUUAAUGGAACUAUAGUCACUACUGCUCCACCUCCUGGCAACAGCACCAGUGAAGUUAAUGGCACGAUAGUCACUACUGCUCCACCUCCUGGCAACACCACCAGUGACGUUAAUGGCACGAUAAUCACUACUGCUCCACCUCCAGGCAACAGCACCGGUGAUGUUAAUGGCACGAUAAUCACUACUGCCCCGGCUCCUGGCAACACCACCGGUGAGGUUAAUGGAACUAUAGUCACUACUGCACCACCUCCUGGCAACACCACUGGUGAGGUUAAUGGUACGAUAAUUACUACUGCACCACCUCCUGGCAACACCACCGUCUAA